AUUUCCUGGUUUAUAAUCCCUGAUUUUCUAAAAUGAGCUCGAUUGUAAUCCAACUUUUAGGCUUAUUAUACUCUGUGCAAUGUUAUAACAUCGUUUUUACCGAUGUUGGUCUGAGUUUUACGUCAAGUGACAGCAGUGGGCCCUACAAAGCAGUGGACAAAAAUUUAUUCACAUCAGCUCGAAUUGAUAAUGGUUCCGACCAAUUUUGGUGGGGAACAUUCAAUGCAUCACUGAAAAUCCGCUGGAUUUUUAUAGUCGUAGGAAAGGGUGAUUAUAAUGUGUAUAUCGGUAAUGGUACAACGACUGACCAACGAUAUUUAUGUAAAAGAAUUAUAACCCCACCCUCUUAUGAUUUUGUUCACCAAAAUACUUCGUGUAUACAUGAGUUGGAGGGCAACACAAUAACAGUGCUGAGAAGUGGAGAUGGGCCUUUCAUCCUCACUGAAGUUAGACCAGUUGCAUGCCCUGAAGACACUCAUGGAUUUUCCUGUACGCCAUGCCAUCAAAACUGUAAAGAUGGCUGCUCCAAAGUGGACGGGACUUGUACUUCUUGUAAAACUCGCCACUUUGGUAGAAUGUGUCAUAGAAAAUGUCAUCAUUUCUGUUCAGAUGACACCUGUGACAGAGAACAAGGCAAAUGCACGAAAGAGAAUGUGGUGAUCAUAGUGGUUUUCUUCCUUUGUCUGGUUUUGAUUGCUGUCGUUAUCAUUGGGAUCAUCGUAAAGCGACGAAAAAAAAUAUUCAAACUGCUUAAGAAGCCAAAACAGCCUCGUCCAGAUGACGUCAUUGUGACGUAUUCGACAACCAAUCGAAAUGUGGCUCUUCCAAGUUCUAAUGACCAACAAGUUCCUCCUUCUCCUCUCAGCGAUUGUCCGGUGGAGUACGUCCAUAUGAUUGAUGGCCAGAAUACAAUCAAAAUGUCCCCAGUCGAAUUUAUCAAGUACAUGAAAGAGAGGCAAAACGUGGAAACUCUGUUGAAAGACCUGGGGAGUCUUCCGGGUUGGCUGAUGGGGAGAUGUUUUGAGGCAGAAAAGGAGGAAAAUAAACCUAAAAAUAGAUCCACAACAUUGCUUCCAUAUGACCGGAAUCGUGUUGUUCUGGAAACCCAGGAUGAUGUUCAGGAUCAGAGCGAUUAUAUCAACGCGAGCUAUAUUUCGUCUUAUAGAAAGGAAAAGGCGUAUAUCCUCACUUUAGGUCCAGUUACACCAGAUACUAUUCUGGAUUUCUGGAGAAUGGUGUGGCAGACUAACUGUAAAUGUGUAGUGAUGUUAGCGGCGCUGAGAGAGGGAGAAAAGAAAAAAUGUUCUAAGUACUGGCCCGACGAAUCUGGGGAUUUUGGUCCUUUCUUUAUCCUGAUACAAAAUACGGAAACGUUUGAUGACUACUUACUGAGAAAAAUCUUAAUCAGAAAGAAUGAAGAGACCAGAAGAUUGGUUCACUUCCAAUAUACCUCAUGGGGAGAAGCAAAAAGACACAAAAGAAUUAACACCUUGCUUCGGCUAAGAACACAUGUCAAUUCAUUUGUGUCUUCAGAAAACGUACCUGUAAUCAUUCACUCAGGCCCUGGUAUCAGCAGGAUGGGUAUCUACAUAGCACUCGACUACCUCCUCAAACAGGGCCUCAGAGAGGACUCUAUAGACAUCAUGGACUGCCUGGUCAAAAUGAGGUCCCAGAGACCCUAUAUACUGAGAGACAGGAAGGAGCAUCAGUUUCUACUUAGUGCUUUAGAAACUGGUUUUAGAACAGAGCUUCUUGAACGCCUUGAAGAGGAAAGUGAUGAAGAACCAACUGAGGAUUUAUACGUCAAUGAACAGAAAACAGAGGAACUCUAUUAUGAAGAUGGGGAGGAGGUGGUAUUAUGGAUGAACACUGUCGGCCCCUAUCACAACAGACAAGAAACCUACUCCUACUUUUCCCUGCCUUUCUGUGCUGGGCCAAAGGAGAGUAUUGGUCAUUACCACGAGACACUGGGAGAAGCACUUCAGGGGACAGAACUCGAGUUCAGUGGACUGGACAUAGAUUUUAAAGGUGAGGUAAAGAAGACCGAGUACUGUACAGUAGAACUGACAGAGGAGAAGUACCAGGCCUUCGUGUAUGCUGUCAGGAACCACUACUGGUACCAGAUGUAUAUCGAUGAUCUCCCAAUCUGGGGUAUUGUCGGAGAGAUUGGAGAGAAUAAAGAUGAAUAUUAUAUCUGGACACACAAAAAGUUUGAUAUUGGUUAUAAUGGCAAACAGAUCGUAGAUGUCAACUUAACCAGCGAGGCCAAGAAAAAGCUUUCUGUGGGAAGCAAAAUCUCCUUCAGUUAUGAGGUACAUUUUACUCCAUCCAACAUCAAGUUUGACAAAAGAUUUGACAAGUACUUGGAUCCAAACUUCUUCCAGCAUAGGAUCCACUGGUUCAGCAUCUUUAACUCGUUCAUGAUGGUCAUCUUCCUGGUGGGACUGGUCAGUAUGAUUCUGAUGAGAACACUGCGGAAGGAUUACGCCAGAUACAGCAAAGAAGAGGACCUAGAUGACAUGGAGAAAGACUUGGGUGAUGAAUAUGGCUGGAAACAAGUCCAUGGAGACGUAUUCCGUCCUCCUUCUAACCCCCUGCUGUUCUCGUCUCUGAUUGGUACAGGGUAUCACAUCGCUACCGUUGCCCUGUGUGUCAUUAUCUUCUCUAUACUGGGAGAUCUCUACACUGAGAGAGGGUCUCUGCUGAGUACAGCUAUAUUUGUGUAUGCCGCCACCUCACCUGUCAAUGGAUACUUUGGGGGAAGUUUGUAUGCAAGAAUGGGAGGGAAGAUCUGGAUUAAGCAGAUGCUGGUAGGAGCCUUCAUGUUACCGGUAGCUGUAUGUGGGACUGCUUUCUUCAUCAAUUUCAUUGCCAUCUACUAUCAUGCUUCCAGAGCCAUUCCAUUUGGAACCAUGGUGGCUGUGACCUGUAUAUGUAUAUUUGUCAUCCUACCCUUGACCUUGGUGGGAACCGUAUUGGGAAGAAAUCUUGCAGGCCAGCCUAACUACCCAUGUCGUGUGAAUGCUGUGCCAAGACCAAUCCCUGAAAAGAAAUGGUUCAUGGAGCCAGCUGUGAUAAUAGUUUUAGGAGGAAUUCUUCCUUUUGGAUCCAUAUUUAUUGAAAUGUACUUUAUCUUCACCUCUUUUUGGGCGUACAAGAUUUACUAUGUGUAUGGCUUUAUGCUGCUAGUGUUUGUUAUCUUAACUAUAGUGACAGUCUGUGUGACCAUUGUGUGUACAUACUUCUUACUAAAUGCGGAGGACUAUAGGUGGCAAUGGACGAGUUUCUCUGCUGCUGCAUCCACGGCAGGAUAUGUGUACCUCUAUUCAUUUUAUUACUUCUUUUUUAAGACAAAAAUGUAUGGGUUUUUUCAAACCACAUUUUACUUUGGUUACAUGGCAUUAUUCAGCUUAGCUUUAGGAUUAAUGUGUGGAACAUUUGGUUAUAUCGGCACCAGCUACUUUGUUCGGAAAAUAUAUUCUACUGUGAAGAUUGACUAGUGAUAGUUUUUGUGUAAUGUGAAAGUGAUCAUGUAGAAUUCCUGAAUUGGUGAUGAGCUGAGUGAAAAGUCCUGUCCAUAUGGGUGCCAUGAUGAAUGCAGUACACAAAAAAAGCUGUGAAUCUCUGUCAUCGUUAUAAAUUGUAAAAAAAAAAAUUAAUUACCAUAGGUCUAUGGAUCUGUGCAUUUAAUUCAUCUGGAAUUUCAUCGAAGCAUUCUGUUGGGUUUAUCAUAAUAAGGGGAUAUUUCAUUAACCUGACAUAAUUGGAUCAUGACUUGGGUGUCCGAGGUAACAGUGAAAAUGGUUUCAGUGUAUUGCAAGUGAUUUAUUUGAUCCAUAUCAUUUUAUUGCUGUUCAGAAUACAAGGAGUACAUGUUGCUAGUAUCUUAAGUUGAUGAAUACAUAGUCAAUUUUUUUAAAUACAUGUACCUGUAGUUAUUCUGAUGUUAAAUUCUGAUAAGUUUAUGUGAUAAGAUUAUUUUCUUUACAUGCAUUCCUAUCAUAUUAGGUGACCAGUUCUUAUGAAUUCUACACAGUGUGUUGAAAGUUGAAUGUGAGGUUCUAUUUACAUACUAGCAAUCAACCUGAGUAUCCAGUAAAUAAUAUGGUGCUGGUAUGUUGCUGUGUGGUUGACUGUGUUUGGAUUGUGAGUUGUGUAAACUAAUGACAAAAAGGACUUGUCAUUUGAUUGUCAUUGCAAUGUGAUAUUUGUGUUUGGGAGAAGUUUUACAUGUGUAUAUUAAAUUAUUCACCAAUUUCUUUAAUCUUUAACCAAUGCAAGCAGAUUGUAUGUUGAUGAUUCUGUGUAAAUGGAAGAGUAUUGUUAUUAUUUAUUGUUGACUUGUUUGUUAUAAUUUAAAGUCAUGCUUGCAUCUGAGAAUUACCUGCUUGUACAGUUCAUGUGUAUGUAUAUAUGUAAAAUCUAAGCAUUUUUAAUUCCACUUCAUCAUUUGUAUUUGUAAAUAUGUAAAUUUAUAAGGGGAUGUAAUAAAAUUGUGUAAUGCAGUGCUUCAUAAAAUGAAGCAUUGACCUUACUAUCUGAAAUAAAAAAUGAAAAAUAUAA